UUGUAAUGUUACCUCUCGAAACUGACAUACUGGCAUUUAUUGUUUUUUAUUGCCUCUCUGAGGUGGCUUUAGAAAGAGACACCAAAUGACACGUUUAGAAAGGGUUUAAAAGUUUGACGUGCUUGCAGUAGGCACUACUUACCCAGCGAGGAGCGGAGGAUUGGUGUUUCUGUGGAUGUCUGUGACCAUUUGAGCCAAAACCCAGCGAUGAAUAAUUCAACGAGAUGUUUGGCCACAGCAACAGUUUGCAACGGUUCGUCCUGUGUGGUACCUGCCAGCAAUUUCAAUGCCAUUCUAAGCGUGGUCCUGAGCACCGUCUUGACCAUCCUAUUGGCGAUGGUGAUGUUCUCCAUGGGAUGCAAUGUGGAAAUCAAGAAAUUCCUGGGGCACAUAAGGCGGCCGUGGGGCAUAUGUAUUGGCUUCCUCUGUCAGUUUGGAAUCAUGCCCCUCGUGGGAUUCAUCCUGUCAGUGGCCUUUGACAUCCUCCCCAUCCAGGCCGUAGUGGUGCUGAUCAUGGGAUGCUGCCCCGGAGGAACUGCCUCCAAUAUCUUGGCCUAUUGGGUCGAUGGCGACAUGGACCUGAGGUAAGCUAUCUGAACCUCCACAUACUGCAGUCACAUUGAAUUAGUCUUUCAGAAACCUAUGUGCUGAAAAUUACAUCCAAUGUGGGUCGACUCGGGGACGAUCAUAAUUCCCUAUGAUAACAUAGGUACGUCUUUGGUGGCUCUUGUUGUUCCUGUUUCCAUUGGAAUGUUUGUUAAUCACAAAUGGCCCCAGAAAGCCAAGAUCAUACUUAAGAUUGGAUCCAUCACAGGUGCAGUCCUUAUCGUGCUCAUAGCUGUGGUGGGAGGAAUACUGUACCAAUCUGCCUGGAUCAUCGCUCCCAAACUGUGGAUCGUAGGAACAAUAUUUCCUGUGGCUGGUUACUCGCUAGGGUUUUUUCUGGCUAGGAUAGCUGGUCAGCCCUGGCACAGAUGCCGCACGGUUGCUUUGGAAACAGGGAUGCAGAACACUCAGCUGUGUUCUACCGUGGUCCAGCUCUCCUUCACCUUUGAGGAGCUCAACCAGGUGUUUACCUUCCCACUCAUCUACAGCAUCUUCCAGCUCGUCUUUGCAGCAAUAUUCUUGGGAGUUUAUUUGACAUAUAAGAAAUGUUAUGGGAAAAACCGUCAGGAAUUUUCCGAAAGCAAAAGCAAUGAAACAGUCUCCGAGUCAUCGCUCUAUAAGGUGAAUGAAGGAUUUCAAGCACAAGAAAAGUAGACACCAUAUGGACAAAAAAGAAGAAUUCUAAAGAACUAUAACAAUAUUUUAAAAUAUUUGUUUCGCUGGGACAUUUGGCAAGAAAAAAAAGGGAAAAUUUUAAUUGCAACUGAAUCUAUAUAUUUAUUGGUUUGGGUACCAAGUGACUGGUGGUCCAAAUCUUUAAUGUGACAAAUAUUUAUAUGUAAAUAAAUAUUUUGUGUCUUUGAAAUAUGCCAAAAACAAUAUCUUCAAACCUCGGCUAAACCUGAUAACACUGAGAACCUCAUAACUCCUGAACGGAAUUCUUACCCAGAAUCUCAUAACUCAGAGAUGAGCACCUGACUUUUUGUAUGUUAUAACAGAUCCACCGAAUUAUUACUAUGGUGAUUAAGAUUUUCUCCAGUAUUUAUGAUUGUAAAAAGAUUGAAAUGAACAUCUUCCACUGACAUAUUAUUAUUUUGAAAAUGUUGCAACCUAUUUUUAUAACUGUGUAUUGUAACAUGGGCAAAUAUCUCACUUCUUGUAUUUAAAAAUAAAGAGAUUGUCAUUUUUCUAAGUGACAAUCCAAAAUCAAAAGUAAGAGAAAUGAGUUAUUAAAUAGAAUUCAGUGACCAAAUUAGAAUCAUGACCAUACUCAUCAGUGAUAUUGUACACCCAUUAGACUUUUUCCUUAAAAAUGGCUUGAAUUUAGCAAAGUAUUCUGUAAGCUCUGGAGAAGGACUUCCUCAAGGUUUGCCUGCAUGAGGCAGGUCCACAUUGGCUAAUAUGACAGCUAUUUGAUUUUACGAAGCUCCACAGUAGGCAUCAGGGAGCGGGGAGGUGGCAAGAUGCGCAAAGACAGUAGAAAUAUUGGAAGAAACAUCACCACUCCAAUGGGUGAAUUCAAUUCAAUGGGAGAUAAUGGCUAAUACAUGGAAAAGCACAAAUAACAGAAACUCAUUUGAAGGCAUAACUAGAGUCAAGUAUAUGUGCAGAAGUAAAUAGCAAUAAGAAUAAUGAAGUUGGUGGGCCAUGGGGGAAGUGAGUAUUAAACAGUAUUUGAGAGAAAAAGAGGACAUGCCCAAGGUCCAGAAGUAGGAAGGGCAUUGCCCAGUGAGUACCGUGAAUGCUGUGAGUGGUGUAAUGUGAGGAAGCAAAGAGGAUUUGCUCAAAGGCAGCAGGCUAUUAUGGCAAGAGGGAAACCCUGGCUGAAUGUUGGGUUCUCAAUUAUAGUGUCUAAUUUAAUCUCCCUCAUUCAGCAGCAAGAUGCGGGCACAUUCUUAACUCAGUUCCAUUUUCCAUUGGACAUUUUUUGCUGCCUCAUUGACUCCCUUUCAAAUGUUUUGGAUCCAAAGGGCCUUUUGCAUUUAGAUACUGUGAGUUCAGAUAUGCUGGUGCACCUCAGUAUUAUAGGCACAUGAAUAUUAACUCUUAAUUUGCUUUUCAAUAGAGGGGAAGGGAUUCUGCUUGGUAAUCUUGUAACGUUUCUACCUUUUUAUACAAGAUGCACAUUUCCAAAUGAAUAAGACCCGUAUAUUUUUCCAUCAUUAGCAAUCACAAGGGACUAGGAACUUUUAUUGAAGGAGUAGAGGCCCGAUGCAUGAAAUUUGUGCAAGAGUAGGCCUUCCUGUAAGAGAUCAACCG